AUGCGAACCUCUUUCGCCCUCCUGGCCCUUGCCGCCACAGCCUUUGCUGUCCCCCAAGCCGUAACAGAAGACAUCAGCCCCAAAGAGGGCCCUCCAAAAGGAUGCACAUCAUCAUACAGCGGCAAAUUUGAAGUCACAAUCUUCAAACCUGGUAACGAAAAGCGCGGUCUCAGCGAGAAGCGCUCAUGCAAUGGUGAAGGCGUCCUCGUCCUCACCCUGGAUGACGGUGUCCUCAAAGACGCUCAAGAUCGCACAGGUUAUAUUUCCGACAGCUACCAAUUCCAGUUCGACAAGCCCGCUCAAUCAGGCGCAAUCUACACCUCUGGCUUCUCAGUCUGCUCAAACGGCACCCUCGCUCUGGGUGGCUCGGCAAUCUUCUGGCAAUGCCAAUCCGGUGACUUCUACAACCUGUACGACCGCAACUGGGCAGAGCAAUGCGAGCCUGUCGAGUUCGGCGUCAUGCCUUGCGGUAAGGGAAGUGACUCCAAGACAGCGCCUAAGAAGAGAAUCGUGGGAAGCAGUGUUGUCGCUACUACUGUCGUGACUGUUGUCUCGGAUGGUACGACGAAGGAGGUUCCUACAACGAUUGCUGUGCCGAUGUGUCAGAUUGGUGAUGGACAGGUUCAAGUUCGCACGACGCCUUGUGAUGAUAUGGAAUUGCCUAUCAUUACUGCUCCUCCUGUCAGCCAGGUCUCGGAUGGUAAGCUUGCGGUUCCUACUACUGCGCCACCUGCUCCUCCUACCGUUCCGCCUCAGAACCAGCCUAGUAAGGGCGAUAAGCCUAGUGAAGGUGACAAGCCUGCUGGUGAUGAAGCUGGUAGUGACGACGGCGGUAAGGGCAGUGAUGGUGACUCCAGCGGCGGCUCCAGCGAUGAUGGCGAGUCGUCUGGUUCAAGCGAUGACUCUAAGCCCGGCGCUUCACCCGCAGACAACGACGCCCCGGCCAACACCGGCGCAGCAUGCGAAGGCGACGCUGCUUCCAACGACCCUGCCUGCUCAGGUCAAGGAAGUGCCAAUCACACCGGCAAGUCCACGCCCACAGAAACCGAGGAGAUUCUGGCCACGGACUCUGGCUCUCCCUCAGACACCGACACCGAAGAAACCAGCACAUCUCGCAGCGGUAGCACCCGCGCCGUCAAGCCCUUCCGACCUCAGAGCACUGACUCCGACGACGACGCGGAAGAGACUGACGCAAGCUCGGCCUCAGAUGGCGAUUCAUCUGCUGAUGCUGCACAGUCGGAUGCUUUCAGGAUUGCUGCUAGCCUUGGUAUGGUGUUUGUCUCUGGCAUGCUGGGAAGUCUCUUGAUUUUGUAA